UAUCUCAAAAUAUAAAUUAAAAUUAAACCAGCAAUUAUUUUCUACUCUCUGUUUUGCGGCAUCUCCGUCUCUCUCGUCUUCAUCUUGCUCUCUGUUUCUCAUCGAUCUACUGUGUCUCACUGUCUCUCCAAAACGCUGCGUUUUUAAGCUGAAUUUUGCUCUGUAUAUUUUCUUCGUUUAAUAAUGUAUCGGUUAAUUUGUGUAUGUAUAUAUGUAGAGCUGUGAUAGGUUAUUGUAAAUUUGUUUUGAUAAUUUUUUAUUUUUUUGGCUUUUGUGUGAAGAGUUAGUGAAUUAUUGAUUUGAGAGAAGUGAAGGAAAUUUUUGUUUUAGUGUGAAGAGUUGACCGGAGCUGAGAGGACCUAGAACUGCUCUGCUCGGGCAAGAAGAUCCAUAUAUAAACAUAAGAUCCGAUUAACAUAUGGAUACUUAUAGUUCCGGCGGUUUACCCGACCCUAAUUCUUUCUACUUGCAGAAGUUCGUGCUCUAUGAGACUUACUCGAAUUUUUAUAUGAUAGGACGAGACAAGAGCAGAGCGUAUUGGAGAGUUUUAAAGAUUGAUAGAUUAGAUCCAUCUGAACUGAAUAUUCUUGAAGAUUAUACAACAUACUCAGAAAUUGAAUGCCGUGAACUGCUAAAGCGGAUAGAUGAAGGGAAUAAGUCAACUGGUGGACUCAAUAAAGUCACUACUUGCUAUGGAAUAGUUGGUUUUGUUAAAUUCUUGGGACCUUAUUACAUGCUGAUAAUAACAGAAAGAAAGAAAAUUGGUGCAAUUUGCGGCCAUGCGAUAUAUGCCAUCACCAAGAGCGAGAUGAUUCCAAUUCCAAAUUCUUCUGUGCGCUCCAAUAUGACUAAUUCUAAGAACGAGAACAGAUACAAAAAGCUCCUAUGCACGGUAGAUCUUUCAAGGGAUUUCUUUUUCAGCUACUCAUACCAUGUCAUGCAUUGUCUUCAGAAGAAUAUAAGUAAUAAUGAGACGGGGAAAGUUCACUAUGAAUCUAUGUUCGUUUGGAAUGAAUUCUUAACUCGAGAAAUACGAAAUAACCUCAAACAUACUAUAUGGACAGUGGCAUUAGUGUAUGGCUUUUUUAAACAGGUCAAACUUUCAGUAUCAGGCAGGGACUUUAAGUUGACUCUUAUUGCUAGACGAUCACGGCAUUAUGCUGGAACAAGGUAUUUAAAACGUGGUGUGAAUAAGAAGGGCAGAGUGGCGAAUGACGUGGAAACAGAACAAAUUGUGUUUGAAGAUAUUGCUGAUGGAUAUCCAGUGCAAAUAAGUUCCGCUGUUCAGCAUCGGGGUUCAAUUCCACUUUUCUGGUCCCAAGAAACUUCGCGUUUGAAUAUUAAACCCGACAUUAUAUUAUCGAAGGAGGACCAAAAUUAUGAGGCCACAAAACUCCAUUUUGAAAAUCUCGUAAAGAGAUACGGAAAUCCAAUAAUUAUUUUAAAUUUAAUAAAGACACAUGAAAAAAAGCCUCGGGAGAGUAUCCUCCGUACAGAGUUUGCUAAUGCUAUUAAAUGUAUAAAUAAAGGAUUAUCCGAGGAGAAUCGACUGAGGUUUCUACAUUGGGAUUUGCAUAGGUAUUCCAGAAAGGCUACCAAUGUGCUGUUACUUCUGAGCAAAGUGGCAGAAUAUGCAGUAAAUUUAACUGGGAUCUUUUAUUGUCAAGUUACGCCGAGUUUGAGGCCCACGGAACGGUCUAGUUUAUCCUAUUCCGAGAGAAGUGAUGGUGGAAAUGAAUUUGGAAGGACUUCAGCUCCAGAAAUUGGCAAGAAUAAUUCUGGGGCAUGUGGGAAUCUGAGUUUCAAGGUCCCGAUGUUCCAAAGGGGGGUUCUGAGGACUAAUUGCAUAGAUUGUUUGGAUCGCACAAAUGUUGCCCAAUAUGCCUAUGGUUUGGUGGCUCUUGGUCAUCAACUGCAUGCACUUGGACUUAUGGAAUCAACCAUUAUCGAUCUGCAUAAUCCAUUGGCAGAGGAUUUAAUGAAGAACUAUGAGAUAAUGGGUGAUACACUUGCACUACAGUAUGGCGGGUCUGCAGCGCACAACAAGAUUUUUUCUGAGAGGAGAGGACAGUGGAAAGCUGCAACUCAUUCACAGGAGUUCUUCAGAACUUUACAGCGUUACUACAGUAAUGCCUACAUGGACGCUGAGAAACAACAUGCCAUUAAUGUGUUCUUGGGUCACUUCCAGCCACAACAGGGAAAGCCAGCACUCUGGGAAUUGGGUUCAGAUCAACACCACAAUGUUAGAGCGCGUGGUCUUGAUGUUGUAGAUGAGGGCACGAGGUCGUCAUUCAUUAGAAGAUCAUUAUCAGAUGGCGACCUCCUUUGUGAAUGUGACUCAUUAUUCCUAACUGCCAGUGGUGGACAAAAUAAGCUUUUCCCAGGAGAGCAAGGAUUUAAUAACGGUCUUUCAGAUUCUACUCCAGAGAUCUCAACCUGUGAAAGUGAUAUAUCGCAUUCUAGGUACACUCCCACAAUGCCCCGUAGGCGACUUUUUAAAGAAAUCGAAGAAGAAGAAUUUGAUAAUGAUCGUAUUUGUUAUGAUGAACAUGGGGAAACAUGCAACUGCUCAAAUUUUCUUGAUUUGGAAUGGCUUUCUUCGUCAGGAAAUUCUUUCGAUGAAGAUCAUUUUGAUAGGUCAAUUGCUGGCCUAUCAUCCGAGUAUCUUGUGAAUGAAAUGAGAAGUGACACACCUGCUAGUGAAUCUGGAUCUUGCUUGAAGGGAAGUGAUCAGACAGCAAUGGGCCUCUCUUCGAACAACCUCGUGGAUGAAUUUUCAAAGCACUUUGCCGACUGGGUAAGACACGGGGAGACACUGUGCCCGUUGUAAUUUUACGGAGUUUCUGAUCAUACUACUCAAUUGAGUCAUUAUCCCCGUGAUCCUAUCCGAAGGAUGUGGAUUGCCAUACAUAGAAUAAAAGAGCAACAGAUCAUCCCAAUUGUCACAGUUUCAGCCUUUCUGAAGCACGAGAUUCUUCUGUUCACAUAUUCAUCCCAAGUAAAGAAAGGUAUGUUUGGGCGGAGCACAUAAUCCGCCUUGUAAAUAUUUAUUAAUCAUUACAAAACCAUCAUGAAAAUAAGUUCAUUUUUGAUACCA